GCGGCGGCAGCGGAGGGGUCAUGCGGGAGCCGCGCUCCGGGCUCUGCCCGCUCUUCAUCAUCCUCCUCUUCCUCCUCCCGCCGCUCCUGCCGGCGGCCCCGCCGUGCGUCCCCCCGGGGCUGCGCCGCGGGCAGCUCCAGGCACCAGCGAGCUGUGGAGCCUGCGUGGGGCCGUACGGGACCAAGGAACCUGAUGUUGGGGCGCAGGAGGACCGGGGCCCCGUGCAGCUGCUGGGGGUGGGCAGGGAGCUCACUGCUCCCCCCCGGGGUGCUGCGGUUCAGCCAGACCCUGCUGCAGUUCCCGUGUGGAACAGGCGCUCCCCCCAGUUCCUCGGGGCUCGCACUGCUCCCAGGAGGCAGAAGAGGGACUGGGUGAUCCCCCCCAUCAAGGUUCCUGAGAAUGAGAGGGGCCCCUUCCCCAAAAAGCUGGUUCAGAUCAAAUCCAACCGGGACAGAGACACCAAGAUCUUCUACAGCAUCACAGGGCAGGGGGCGGAUGCCCCCCCCGAGGGCAUCUUCACCAUCGAGAAGGAGUCGGGCUGGAUGAAGGUGACGCAGCCGCUGGACCGGGAGCGCAUCGACAAGUACCACCUCUUCUCCCACGCUGUGUCUGAGAACGGCAAACCGGUGGAGGAGCCAAUGGAGAUCAUCGUCACUGUGACGGACCAGAACGACAACAAGCCCCAGUUCACACAGGAGGUCUUCAGGGGCUCAGUGCUGGAGGGUGCUUUGCCAGGCACGUCCGUGAUGCAGGUGACCGCCAUGGAUGCGGACGAUGCAGUGGAGACCUACAACGGUGUCAUUGCCUACUCCAUCCUCAGCCAGGAGCCACGGGAGCCCCAUCCCCACAUGUUCACUGUCAACCGGGCCACCGGCGCCCUGAGAGUCAUUGCCAGCGGCCUGGACCGGGAGCGCGUGCGGGAGUACACCCUGACCGUGCAGGCGGCCGACCUGGAUGGUGAGGGGCUGACCACGACAGCACUGGCGGUGAUCGAGAUCAUGGAUGUCAAUGACAAUGCCCCCGAGUUCGACCCCAAAACGUACGAGGCAGCUGUGCCGGAGAACGAGGCUGAGCGGGAGGUGGCCCGGCUGGUGGCCACUGAUCUGGAUGAGCCGGGCACGGCGGCGUGGCGAGCUGUAUACUCCAUCCUGCGUGGCAACGAGGGAGGUGCCUUCGCCAUCACCACCGACCCUGCCAGCAACGAGGGCAUCCUGCGCACUGCCAAGGUGCGUGCUUGUGUCCCCGUGUCCCCCAUUGCUGCCCACUGCAGGGAACUGCCCAGCCUCUCUUCUCUACAGGCUCUGGAUUACGAGGCCAAGAAGCAGUUUGUUCUCCACGUGGCCGUGACCAACGAGGCCCCCUUCGCCGUGAAGCUGCCGGUGGCCACCGCCACGGUGAUGGUCAAUGUGGAGGAUGUCAAUGAGGCUCCCGUGUUCGAGCCGCCGGUGCAGCUCGCGCGGGUGCCAGAGGAUGUGCCGCCGGGGCAGGCUCUAGCCUCCUGCACAGCCCAGGACCCCGACAAGGCGCAGGGGCAGAGGAUCAAGUACCUGGUGGGGCACGACCCUGCGGGCUGGCUGGCCGUGCACCCCGAGACCGGCCUCGUGACAGCACAGGGCCACCUAGACCGCGAGUCCCCCUUUGUCAAGAACAGCACCUACACCACUGUGCUGCUGGCCAUGGACGAUGGCUCCCCACCUGCCACAGGCACGGGCACCUUGCUCCUCACCCUGCUUGAUGUGAACGACAACGGCCCCGAGGCUGAGCCCCGGGACAUCACCGUCUGCAACCGCAGCCCCCAACCACAGGUGCUCACCGUCACCGACAGGGACCUGCCCCCCAACACCGGCCCCUUCCGCGCCGAGCUCAUCCACGGCUCUGGGGAUAUAUGGGACGUGGCGGUCGGUGAUGAAGGUGACACGGUCACCCUGCAGCUGGUGGCACCGCUGCAGCCGGAUGUCUACAGUGUGUACCUGCGGCUCCUCGACCAGCCUGGCAAAGCCCAGCUCACCGUGGUCACCGCACGCGUCUGUGACUGCGAGGGGCCGACGCAGAGCUGCCCCCAGAGAACACAGGCUGCCACCAGCCUGCCCGUUGUCCUCGCUGCACUGGGCGCUCUCCUGGCCUUGCUGCUCAUCCUGCUGCUGCUGCUGCUCUUCGUGAGGAGGAGGAAGGUGGUGAAGGAGCCGCUGCUGCUGCCUGAGGACGACACACGGGACAACAUCUUCUACUACGGGGAGGAGGGCGGCGGGGAGGAGGAUCAGGACUAUGACCUGCGGCAGCUGCACCGGGGCCUGGACGCCCGCCCCGAGGUGCUGCUCCGCAACGACGUGGCCCCCACUCUCCUGCCAGCCCCCCAGUACCGGCCCCGUCCCGCCAACCCCGACGACAUCGGCGCCUUCAUUGACGAGAACCUGAAGGCAGCCGACACGGACCCCACGGCCCCCCCCUACGACUCCCUGCUGGUGUUCGACUACGAGGGCAGCGGCUCCGAGGCCACCUCGCUCAGCUCCCUCAACUCCUCCUCCUCCGACCGCGACCAGGACUACGACUACCUCAACGAGUGGGGCAACCGCUUCAAGAAGCUGGCGGACCUGUAUGGCGGUGGGGAGGAGGAUGACUAGGACCCCCCUUCCCCACUGCCCCCCCCACCCCAUGCCUUACCGCUGCCCUUGUGCCUUGGGGCUGCCCCCUCCCGCUGUGCCCCUGCCUCAGUGGCGGCCCCUUCACCUUCCUGUCCUGUAUUGGUUAUUUUUUGUAUAUGUAUGAAAUAAAAGUAGUGUGACGAUACGGACGAGGUGAGCGGAUACUGGUGUAAGUUUUAAUAAAGGAUGUGGUGGUUUUUUU